GUUGAGAAGUGGAAUAGCUCUCUCUCUCUCUCUCUCAGACUACAAAUACGCACAAGGAAGGGAAGGAUCUCCUUCUUCGUCUUCUUCGAAAUCAGAGUAGAAGCAAGGUCGUCAUUUUCCGGUGCGUGGUUUCUCUCUCUGGAUCUCGUUCCAGAAGGGGUGGGUGGGUAUAUUCUUUAUGCUCGUCGUGGUUAUAGGGGUAAACGGUUUGGUGUUUGGUUAUAAAAUUGAAAGAUUUGGUGGUUUGUAGUUAAAAAGAAGAGAGUGAAGGUUGUUGUAGAAAAAAAAGAGGAAUAAAAAUGCCUUUGAAUUUCGGCAACGAUGUGGAUGGAUCGUCCCGGAUUCUUUUGAAUGAGCCUCGCGGAUCUACUGCUCUGGUGCUUCUGUUUGGAGGACAGGUCAUCUCUUGGAAAAAUGAAAGGAGGGAAGAACUUCUUUUUAUGAGCACUAAGGCUCAGUAUAUGCCUCCCAAGAUCAUCAGAGGAGGAAUACCUGUUUGCUUUCCUCAGUUUGGAAACUUUGGUGGACUUGAGCGACAUGGGUUUGCCCGCAACAGAUUUUGGUCUCUUGAUGACGAUCCUUCCCCUCUGCCUCCUGCCAACAAACAAUCAUCUGUUGAUCUGAUUCUCAAGUCCACCGAAGAUGACCUCAAGAUCUGGCCUCACAGGUACGUGGCAGACCCCCAUCUUUUUCUCUGUUUCUCAUCUUCUUCUUCUUCUAUGCCUUUUGAUAUUUUGAAUUCCUCUGCUUCAUCUCUUUUGGGUAGCUAUGCUAACUUCAUAAUUUCUCGGCGCAGCUUUGAACUCCGUGUACGAAUCUCUAUCAGCUUUGGGAAACUUACUUUGAUCCCUCGUGUGAGGAACAUUGACUCAAAGCCAUUCUCUUUCAUGUUUGCUCUUCGAAACUACUUACACGUAUCGGACAUAAGUGAAGUACGGGUUGAGGGUCUGGAGACACUUGAUUAUCUAGACAACUUGAAGGGUAAAGAAAGAUUCACCGAGCAAGCAGACGCAAUUACCUUUGACGGUGAGAUUGAUAGGGUGUACUUGAACACACCAACGAAGAUUGCGGUCAUAGACCAUGAGCGGAAGAGAACCAUCGAACUGCGAAAGGAAGGCAUGCCCAAUGCAGUAGUGUGGAACCCUUGGGACAAAAAGGCAAAGAGCAUAGCUGAUAUGGGGGAUGAAGAUUACAUGACGAUGCUGUGUGUAGAUUCUGGAGCUAUCGAACCUCAGGUUUUGUUGAAGCCUGGUGAAGAGUGGAAAGGCAGACAAGAACUCUCUAUCGUCUCGUCAAGCUACUGCAGCGGACAGCUUGAUCCACGCAAGGUUCUUUACGGAGAUAGCUGAUCCCCUUUCUUUUUUUUUUUGAUUUAAGAAACAAUAAUAAGCACACCAUCUCAUUAUCAGCUUCUUCUCAAGUGUCAAAAGGUGUUUUUGAAUUUGUUAAGAAGAAAGAGAGAGGUCACGGUAAUAUUUUUUGUAGCGUUGACACUGUGUUUGACCGUCCGUCAAAAGACUUUCUUUAUA